AUGGAACGUUGCCAAGACAUCCUCAGAACGUGUUCACAAAGUAAUGUCACGGUGUGUCGGCUGCUGACCUGUUUGCUGUAUAAGUUGGAGUCUAACAUGGACACCUCAGAGGACAGUACUUUUCUACAGGACAUGCUCAUGGGCAAUACUCUGCAUCUGCUUAUUAAGGUCUAUGACAGGCUGCAGAAGUACAGGGACCAGCAGCCCACUCCACUGCUGGAGAGCACAGAGGGCCUGCUUCAGGAUUUGGCAGAGGAGCUCCAUGGUGAGGUCGCCAGCCGAGAGACAUCAGAGCUGUUGGACCUGCUCUCCAGACCUCACGUACAGGGUCUUCUCUCAGUCCAUGACACGGUGGCCCAGAAAGACUAUGACCCUCAGUUGCCUCCUCUGCCUCCAUUGCAUGAUCACAAAGAGGAUGAGGAAGAUUCAUUCAGGAUCAUCUGUAUGAUUAAAAACCAGGAGCCUCUGGGAGCCACUGUGAAGAGAGAUGUGUCAACUGGAGCUAUAGUUGUGGCUCGGAUCAUGAGAGGAGGAGCUGCUGAUCUAAGUGGUCUAAUUCAUGAAGGUGACAAGCUCGAGGAAGUUAAUGGCGUUCCAAUGGAGGACAGGAAUCCAGAGGAGAUUAUUCCUAUAUUAGCCCAGUCAGAAAGAACGGUGACCUUCAAAGUCAUUCCAGGCACCAAAGACGAAUUGGCGACCAAAAACACCAAGAUCUUCAUGAGGGCACUUUUUGACUACGAUCCCAAAGCAGAUCCUGCUAUUCCGUGCAAAGACGUCGGGCUGGAGUUCAGGAGAGGAGAUGUGUUACAGAUUGUGAGUCAAGAGGAUGACACCUGGUGGCAGGCCAAACAUCAGGGUGAGGCAAACCUCAGGGCUGGACUGAUUCCGUCUAGACAGCUUCAGGAGAGGAGAAUGGCUUUACAGAGACCUGAAGCUCUGUUCAAGUUACCCAGUGUCUUAGAAACAUUCACAGCUGGUUUAAGGAGAAGUUUCCGGUUAAGCAGAAAGGACAGCAGGAGUCAACAAGUGAGACAGAAGACGGUUGAAGGACAUGGCUAUAUCCCUGAACCAAUAUAUCAGGAGGUCUCGCCAUACCACAGAAAGCCUGAAGACCGGUAUCGCCUCGUGCUUCUUACUGGACCCAGUGGCGUUGGUGUGACUGAAUUGAAGAGGAAACUUCUACUCUCUGACCCAGAGCACUUCAGUGUGACUGUGCCAUAUACCACUCGGGAGCAGAAAAGGCAGGAGAAAGAUGGUGUGGACUAUCACUUUAUAUCCAAACACACAUUUGAGAAAGAUAUUCUUAACCACAAGUUUUUGGAGUAUGGUGAACACAGUGGGAACUACUACGGUUUGAACAUAGAUUCGGUGCGCAGGGUUCUAGAGGAGAGAAAGGUGUGCUUGCUGGAUGUGGAGCCCCAUGUUAUAGAAGCCUUAAACACGACUGAGUUUAAACCCUAUGUUGUAUUUGUGAAGCCUCCAUCAAUAGAGCGCUUGAAACUGAGCCGGAGAAAAGCGAAAGUUCUGUCAAGUCCAAAUGAUCAGAAAUCCACAAAAACAUUUACGGAAAAUGAUUUUAAGGAUAUGAUUACCAGUGCCCAAGCCAUGGAGAGUAAAUAUGGCCAUUUGUUUGAUAAAGUAAUCAUCAAUGACGACUUGGCCGUGGCUUUUACUGAGCUGAGAGAUAACCUCAGAAAGAUCGAAACAGAGAGUCACUGGAUCCCACAUACAUGGGCUCAUGUCUAGAGAGCAAUUCAUGUUGACCACAUCGUUCAAGCAUAUAACAUUUGACAAUGUUUCUGAGAUUUUCAGUAUUUUAAAGAGCACUUUCUAUUAUUGUAAUUAUACGCUAUGCAGUGUCCUGACCAGUCAUGAACCAACUCCUUUCAAAUCUGCCAAACACAUGAUAGUGGACUGAAAUGUUCUUUUUUCC